AGCUUUGUCAUGUGAUGGAAAGCAGUUGUAAGACAGGUGCCCUCGGUUCAUUGUCAGUGAGGGGCGCUACCCUGUAUGAGCGCGUUCUGGAGCGAGUGGAUUUUGUCAUUUGCCCGUGAUUUUAAUUUUUUCGUAUACCGGGCUGGAUGGCGUGGGACAGGUGUAAUCAGGAUUCGGUGUGGAGAGAACUAGAGUGUGCUGCCUUGGUUGGUGAAGACCAACCCCUUUGCCCUGACCUGCCUGAGCUGGACCUUUCUGAGCUGGAUGUCAGUGACCUCGAUGCAGAUAGCUUUCUGGGUGGACUCAAGUGGUACAGCGACCAAUCAGAAAUCAUUUCCAGUCAGUAUGGCAAUGAAGCAUCAAACUUCUUUGAGAAGAUAGAUGAAGAAAAUGAGGCCAACUUGCUGGCGGUGCUCACAGAAACCCUGGACAGCAUCCCGGUGGAUGAGGACGGGUUGCCUUCGUUUGAGGCCCUGGCAGAUGGGGACGUGACCAAUGCCAGUGAUCAGAGCUGUCCUUCCACCCCCGACGGCUCGCCACGUACGCCGGAGCCAGAGGAGCCCUCCCUGCUGAAGAAGCUCCUCCUGGCGCCUGCUAACUCCCAGCUCAGCUAUAAUCAAUACCCAGGUGGCAAGGCACAGAACCAUGCAGCCAGCAACCAACGGAUCAGACCAACACCUGCUGUUGCCAAGACAGAAAAUCCCUGGAACAGCAGACCACGAGGGGCCUGUCCCAACCGGUCCGUGAGACGACCUUGCACUGAGCUACUCAAGUACCUCACCUCAAGCGACGAGGCCUUCCAGAUCAAAGCCAGGGAAGCCAAGAGCACCUGGGCAGGCUGCGGAAAGGACAGGGGAGGAGCUUGCAUCUCAUCCUGCUCGUCCUCCUCAUCUCCAUCUUCCUCGUCCACCUCCUCUUUCUCCUCACUGUCGUCCUGCUCCUCCUCAACUGUCUCCAAAAAGAAGACGUCUUCUGCCUCCCUGUCUACACAGCAGCAACUGGCAGUGCAGGCCCAGCGAGGUGAGAGCCAGGCAGCCGGCGCGUGUAGUGUGGCUGGUGAGGGGGCAGGGAAGUGGAGGCGGUGUUCACCCGGGGAGCAAUCCACCCCGGUUGCACUGUCCCGCGGAUGCGGCUGCGGCCAUGCAUUCUCCGGCGAAGAGGGGAAGCCCCCAGGCCUCCAGCCAGGUGCUGACCCAGGCAGCUCGGCCGCCGCCCGCUUUAUUAGGUACAUGCACUCUUACUCUCAGCCGCCUAGAGAGAUGGGUCACGCAGGCAGAUGCAGUCAUUGCCUCGAGGCGGGCGGUUUGGCUGUGGCUGGCCGUACUAAUAGGCGCAUCACUGUGACCAUUAGGAAACGGAGGCAAGCACUAGAGCACCCCAUGCUCAGUCAGCUGCUCACCUCCAGACCCAGGCCGGCCCGUUACAGGGCUCACCUGCAGUCGCCCAGUGCCCCCCAGAAAAAUAAAAAGCAUGGCCUACCUGACACAGAUCCUAAAGUCCAAGAGAGCAGUGAAUGCAUAGAGCAAGGUAGUCACGAGCACCAUAAAAAGACACAUGAUCGAACGUUUAGCAUGGCCGACCCGAGUGAUCUUGAGUGUUUAGCAGAGCUUAAAUUAGACUUAGAGAGCUGUUGGCUAAGCGUACCAGAACAGGUGACAGGAAGUGAGAGUUUGCAUAAUCUGUUGGGCCAAGCUGGGGAGGAUGUUUUUGAUGAUGUCAUAGGCAGCCCCAUGUCACUCUCACAGGGCCUGCCAAGCCCCUUGUUCCCAGACUCUUUAGUUCCAGACCACACCCCCUUCAUCUCACAGCACCCAAAUAUACAGGCACCCUGCAGGCACCCCGAUGACCAAGUCCCACCAAUGUUAGCCAAACCAACCAUCUUGCCACUACCCUUGACCCCAGAAUCUCCAAAUGACCACAAGGGAUCUCCGUUUGAGAACAAAACCAUUGAACGCACAUUGAGUGUGGAGAUCUCUGGAACCCCAGGUCUGACACCACCUACCACGCCUCCUCACAAAGCCAGUCAAGAGAACCCUUUCAAAGUAUCACUCAAAACCAAGCUGUCUUCAUGCUCUUCCUUGGCCCUGUCAAGCAAAAGGCCCAGGCUGAGCAGUGGGGGCUCUUGCCCUCAGCCAACCAGUGGCUCUAUUCGGAAGGGCCCAGAGCAGACUGAGCUUUAUGCCCAGCUGAGCAAGGCGUCCUCCACAAUGCCCCUAGGGGGAUCGGAGGAACGUCGGGGCAAGCGGCCCAUGCCCCGUGUCUUUGGCGACCAUGACUAUUGCCAAUCUACAAGCACAAAAAGAGACAGCACCACCACAGCUGCAGCGGUCACUGGGCCAAUGGAUGGCCGGCAUGUAGAAUGUAAAGACUCAAACAUGCUGACCUCCGCUACUUCAGCAUCAUCUUUGUCUUCCACCAACCCCUCGUCUUCCUCUCUGGCCAGGCAGCUUCAAGGCCUUUCCCCCACAGCUCAGGGGGCUUGUCCGACACUGGAUGCUCAAGGACAGGACCGCAACCCCACUUCGGUCUCCAAAGGUUCAGCAGAAUGCAAUUCUGCUGAUAGAAAACUACUAAGGGACCAGAAGAUCCGGGAAGAGCUUAACAAGCACUUUGGAAACCCUCAGCAAGCCUUUUUUAAAGAGGAAGAGGGUGAGCAGAGGGGAACCCAGCCAGUAGAGGACAGUGAUUCUGGGGAUGAGUACUCCGGCCUUUUCUGGGACUACAUGCACCCAGAUCUGCCUGACUUCAAGGACCUAGAGGUAGGCCGGGAACGCCUGCUCUGCUUGGGGGAAGGUUCUCCACUUGAGCUGCUCCUCGAAGGGUCUCCCCCUAGCUCCCCUUCCAGCAGUUCAUUCUCAUGGAGUUCAGUUUCACCUCCUUCCACUCAGCUCUCCCCACAACACCUCCGAUGGCCACGUUCAAACUCUCGCUCCCGACCCCCUUCCUCAUCUCAUCACCGACGCAGAUCCCUCUCCAGGUCUCCAUACUCCCACUGCGAGUCUCCCGACAGCCGUUCUCCCUCUUGGUCUCCUUGCAAUAUGGACGAUAGCACUUUUAUUCCCAGGAUUUAUAAAAGCCCUCAAUCCCAGACUCAUUCCAAUUUUGGUCGGAGGCCCAGGUAUGACAGCUAUGAGGAAUAUCAACACGAGCGUCUGAAGAGGGAAGAGUACAGACAUGACUAUGAGAAACGGGAAUAUGAGAGGGCUGAACAGAGGGAGACACAACGUCAGAAAGCACUAGAGGAGAGGCGAGUGGUGUAUGUGGGACGUCUUCGUGCCGACAGCACACGCACCGAGCUCAAACGCCGCUUUGAAGUCUUUGGCGAGAUUGAGGAGUGCACAGUCAACUUGAGACAUGAUGGGGACAACUUUGGCUUCAUCACCUACCGCUACACUUGUGAUGCGCUCGCUGCUCUUGAAAACGCACACACCUUGCGCAGGUCAAACGAGCCUCAUUUCGAGCUCUGCCUUGGUGGACAAAAGCAGUUCUGUAAAUCGAAUUACACAGAUUUAGAUUCCCAUUCUGACGACUUUGAUCCAGCCUCCACUAAAAGCAAGUACGAUUCGAUGGAUUUUGACAGCUUGUUGCGCGAGGCUCAAUACAGCCUGAGAAGGUAAUGAGCAGCGGCUGCCUAGAAAGCGAGGGAUUGCAAUACCUCACUAUUCUUUCAGUUCUUUCAAUACAAGACUACCAGAAGUUUUACACUUUACGUAAGUGGAAAGAGUCUAUGUGGAUGAAAAGUUCUACGUAUAUAAAGGGAUAUAUAUCUAUGUAUAUGUAUACCUGCAAGCAAAGUUUACAUGAAUCUAGCUGCUGCAAAGUUGACAAGAGACACUACCGUACCGGACUACACAGAUCUGUGUGUGUGUGUGCACUUGUACCGCUGCGCGAUGCUCUGAGAGACACGAAAAUCUUCUUCAGAGUUUUCUCCACACUUCACCCUUUGGCACUUCGACAGGUGAAAAGUGCAGCUUGUUCAAUCUGUUUUUCUCGUUUGGAGUUUAUUUUUGAGGGGUUUCUUUUUUAAUCUGGUGUUUGGAUGUGGUGUUACAUUUUCGACAAGGAAUUCGGGCAAAUGUUCUACAUUUACAGAGGGGAAAAAAUGUAGUCGCCUAUUUACAGCUGUUAUUAAAAGAAAUAUUUUAUGUGCAUAUCAGCGUUCUUUGUUUGUUACAGCUAUGCACUGUAAAAUGCAGCCUUUUUAAGAUGAAAUUUUCUUAAUCGAGAAUGUCGAUCUGUAGUCAUUGCAAUGAUGAUGUAUAACCUACAUGGCGUGAUUUGAUUGUAAAAAAGUAUGGAGAUUUAUUGCUCUUUUUGACAGAGCAUGCAACAAAAGUUUUUUGUUUUUUGGCUUUUUUAACGAUUUCUUUUUUUAUUAUUGAAAAACUCAUCCGAUUUUGAAGUUAAUAACGCAGUGUUUUCCUUAUACAUGCAGUGUGUGAUAGAUUUUCAUUCUGUUAUGUUCGCAAUUGUAUAAAAAAAAAAGAUAAGCCCUAAGAUAUUUUUUUAUUCUUUGUCUGAAGGAAUCAAUAGCUUUUAUUUAAUUCUCUGUGCACAAUAAUCAUUGUUAUUGUUCCUGUUUGAUAAUACACUUUCACAAAGAGAUGAUUAUUAAUCCAACACAGAAUUACUCAUGCUUAUUUAUGUAUUUAUCUCAGUAUUCUAAUCAAAAUAUUUAUGGCUGUCAGCCUUACAAAUUUUGCUAUUUAUAUUAUUUGUUAUUCAGCAAACACUGGAAAGGACGCAAAACAAAAUAUUGUUUUUAUAUAUGCCUUCAGAGAACAAAAAAAAAACAUUGUAUGAUUAUUAUUUUACACCAUUAGGCUCAUUAUGAACUUUGCUGCUCCAAUUGCAAGUGAUUUAUUUAUCAAGUUGUUUUUUAGCUCUAAAACACUUUCACCCCCUUUUUUCAUCUCUUUUUUUAUUACAUAAAGCAAUAAAAUAAUUUUGCAGGUAUUUUGUUGUACCGCAGAGAAUUUGUGUCUUUGCUCCACACUCUCGAUUAUGUGAAUGCCAAACUAAAGUUUACAAUUUUCUUUCCUGAAUUUUUUUAAAAAAGAAGGAAAAAAUGUAUUUGAUGUAAAAAUACUAUUAUAUAUGAUGAUAAUAAUCUUGUCAUUACUCACAAUAACUCAAAGUAAUAAUGGAAUAUGAAAAUGUGAAUAAAAAAGAAAAAAGCAAUAAAUUAUUUUUCAAAGCUGUAUUUUAGCUCAUCUUGUUGUAUGGUUUCAGACAUGACAAAUUACCCAGACUCUGUUCAUAUAUAUAUAUGGAUAUAUAUCUUAAAACACACAACUGGAACGAGAAAUUGUUCACCCAUUCAUGUGCAUGUUGUGAAUGUGUAUAUGAGAGAGUGUGCGUAUAUCUUUUUUACAAUACAAGCGAUGAGUUAUAGGAUUAAAAAGCCAAAAAUUGCAACUAAAAUCAUCUUUGUUUCUGCGAAUAUCACUCUGCUAUAAGGUCUACUUAAUCAAAACCACAACACAGAAGUCUGUCUUGGUAUAGUUUGAAGGUACCCCGGAGGAACUGUUAAUAAUUUAAAUUGCCUAAGCACAGCGGUACCCUGUCACAUAGAGUUAAGGUAACCUUGCAGUUUUGGUCAAUAAACGGCAAUUUAUGCAGUUGUGUUGAUUUGUUUUUGAAUGGGAGACCUUAAUGGAGCCAGAUAUCAUAUUUAUAUUAAACUCAAAAGAUCAACAUCUUUCACAAGCAUAGAAAAGACAAUAGUGGGAGAAGAAACCUUUUGUACAUUUGUUUUGUAUUUCUGCACAGAGCUUGGGUAUGGAGUCAUGUCCUGUUUGAUAUAUAUAUGUGGCUUUAAUCGUUGCAACGUAUUUGUUGCAAAUUUGCUUUGUAAAUUGCUGAAGUAGCAAUAAGUUACGACACCUGAUUGGGUGUGUGUUUUCAAAGUGGCGAUACUUUUUACCAUAGUAAAAACUAAUGAAGGAUUUGCCACAGCUUUGGACUAUUUUUGUGUGUUUCCAUGAAGAACAGGAUCUAUAUUACUGAGGCUGUGCGUGGUUUUGUGUGUGGAAUUGACAGCGUGUGUAUCUCGGAUCAAGGGGACUGUGGCUGUUAUUUUCUAUUUGUCUCCUAUCCUUGUUGCCUUCUGCUGAGUCCUAACCAAUGCCUUUGUAGAUGUACGUAUUGUACAAUCUUUGUUGUGAAUUUUAUUUUUAUGUGUAGUUUUCAUCAGCCUCGUCAUGCCAAUAAAGGGAAAUGUGUCUAAUUUA